AUGUACCACGAGAGGCAGCGCCUCAUGCAGUGCGCCAUGCACGCGCUGAACAACCUGUUUCAAGAGCCCUGGGCCAACCGAGAGCUGAUGGAACGCCUCGCCCUUGAAUUGGGCAACCGCGAGGCGACUCUGCGGUCAGAAUCAGGCCUCAGGCGCCUGCUGAUCAAUCCGUACAAGUCAGUGAUACCUAUGGUUGGGGACUACGAUAUCAACGUCGUCCUAGAAGCCUUGAAGCUAAGGGAAUGCCGCGUUUCUCUCCACGUCGUGUUCAACGCAAAGGACCCCACCGCCUUCGAGCUCGCGCUGGCGCGGGUCGACUGGGACUCGGCGACCAUCCGGGGGGUGAUCGUCAACUUCGUCUGCCGGAGCCUCCUUUGGGGCUCUUGGGUCACCCACCACUUCUACGCGAUCGUCAAGGCGAAGGGUCCCGGCGACGGCGACGACGGAUUAUCCCCCGGAGGCGGAGAGGGGGCCCCGCAAGCUGCACCGGCGGGGGGAGGAGGCGCGACGAGACAUCUCGAACGUGUCGGUGUCGGUGUUGGUGUUGGUGUUGGUACGGGUGCAAGCGCUGACGGCGAAAGUGAAGGGGACGACGGGGAGCAGACGGGCUGCUUCGAGAAGCUCAGUCCGUCGAGACGGAGAGGGAAGGACAACCGGGGCCGAACUCGAAACCGAACCAGCAGCAACCAAGGCUCUUGUUGCGGUUCCGACGGUGGGGGAGCGGGGGGGACGGCUUGGUACAGCCUCGAUUCCCGGAUACCGAAGCCGCAGCGGUUGGGGGGAACGCGCGGCCUAGUGGAGCACCUGGCCUGGGAAGUACGGGAACACCACGGACACGUGUUUGUUGUUGGCGAAGGGGCGGAGGAGGUGGCAGGGGUGGGCCACGACAGUGACGGCCACGUAGGCACAGCGGAAGCUCGCGUUUAGAUGUGCGGCUAUACUGAGGGCGGGUGUGGUGCGGUAGGCCCCUCCUGGGUGUGGAAUAUACUCUAUUGCAUUUGUUUGCUUGGUGAUGAUUUUGUUGGGCGCUUGAUGUCUUGAAGAUCGAGUAUUCGCCCGUGUACGUCAGAACAACCAAGGGGCAUGUGCAUCUACACUGCUGUCGCACGUGAAAGCCGACAACAACGAGGGCCAAGAUAUGCUCGUGGUUUCGUGCAGGUAGCCUGGCCACAGCCUCGUCUAGGUUUUCGUCGAACAAGCACCUGCCCCCCGUUGCUGCGAGACGGUACAGCACCGGUUUUUGUGGGUUUUGUGCCGGUCCCGAGUUGCUCCGCGAGCUAAAUAGUAUACUCAGUCGAAGCAACUCCCAGGUUUCUGUCAAGUCAGGUCCCGAUGUUGGACAAGCACCCACCAGGAAGCAGGCAUUAUUUUUCCUUCUGUUUUUUUAUUAUCAGCGGCAUGAACCAUGUUUUCUCAAAGUCACAACGAAGGUUGAGGACCAAAUUUCCAACCUGAGACCAAUAACGGUGUCGGCAGGGCGGGAGAGAGAGAGAGAGGUGCGCUUGUCUGUGCGUGUCGUCGUUUUGUCUGGCUGCAUCACCCGUUCUCGGUAUCACGGGAGGAAGGACACGCUUGAGGUUCUUGUGUCUUCACGAUCCUUCUGCUUCACGGAGCUUAUUGACUGAACUAGUUGUCGAAGCGGGGUGUUCAGCCGUUCGUUCCUUCCUUCACCUCCUUACCCGUAACGUCGAGUAUGUUUGUUGGGUAACACGGUAAUGAAUCACUUGCCCCACGUUUUCUUCGUUGAGCGGGCGUAUGUCGAGCAAAGAACCCAGUUCGUUUGAC